UGGAGAUGUUAGGCGAGCAGCAGCAUGCUCUCACUUACUGACAGCGGGGAAAACCAACAAUGAGAGAAAUAUUCGGAGCUCUACAGACAUGCGCCAUGCGAGGAGCCGGGUCACGGUAGUGAGGCUGCCCCGCGAUGAGCCGCCGACCUCCGGCCCGGGACCUGAGGGCCUUGGUCCCAUGCUGGGUCCUCACCCUGAGCCUCAUCACCGCGCAGACUGCCGGGGGGGCCCCGCUGCUCUCCGACCCGGGGGUUUUUCUUGAAAAGUACGGCUAUCUCCAUCCGGACCACCAUAUCCACAAUGCAGUAGAGAUGCAGUCAGCUAUCAGUGACUUCCAGUGGUUGUCCCGGCUUCCUGUGACAGGCCAGCUGGACGGGGCCACCCUGAGGCAGAUGGCGGAGCCGCGCUGUGGCGUGUCGGACGAGGGCAGCCAGAAGAUCUGGGCUCAGAGAGUAAACGCUGUGUUCACUGGGAAGAGCGGCGCCAUCAGAGGAGCGCAGCGCCGCAGGAGGUCUGCAGGGCAAGGUGAAAAGUGGUACAAACGUCAUCUGACCUACCAGAUCGGGAACUGGCCUCGCCACCUGUCUCUGGGCUCCGUGCGGCUGGCGGUGCGCGCUGCCUUCCAGCUGUGGAGCAACGUGUCGGGCCUGGUGUUCCAGGAGGUCCCUGAAGGCACCGCAGACAUCCGGCUGGCGUUUUAUGAAGGAGACCACAACGACGGGGCCAGCAACGCCUUCGACGGACCAGGAGGAACUCUGGCUCACGCCUUCUUCCCUCGCCGGGGGGAAGCCCACUUCGACAUGGCGGAGAGAUGGACGCUGAACGGACACAAAGGACACAACCUGUUCAUGGUGACCGCCCACGAGAUCGGACACACGCUGGGACUGGAGCACUCCCCGAUCCGCCACGCCUUAAUGUCGCCGUACUACAGGAAGCUGGGCCGCAGCCUGGUGCUGAGCUGGGACGACAUCAUCGCUGUGCAGCAGCUGUACGGUAAACCCUCCGGUGAUCGCCCUGUCAGGCUGCCCGGCCAGGUUUUGCACGCCGCUCUGCAGGAGUGGGAGUUCACGGAGCUUCACGACGGGCCUCAGAGCGCAGGGCAGCCUCUCUACUGCCAGGGGGUCUUUGAUGCCAUCACUAUGGACCACAAUGGGACGGUGCUGGUGUUUCGGGGGGGUGUGUAUUGGACGGUCUCGUCUGAGGGUGGUGUCAGCGGCCCCCUGCCUCUCCGUCAGCGCUGGGCCGACCUCCCCCCGGCCAUCGAAGCGGCUGCCUUCUCCCCCCUGGACUCCAAGUGGUAUUUCUUCAAAGGGAAGCGGAUGUGGCUCUACUCCGGCAGUGUUCUGGACCCAGGCUUCCCCAGGAGGAGCAGUGAUUUGGGGCUGCCUCGCCACCCUGACUGCGCCUUCUACUACGCCCCUCUGGGUCACAUGGUCCUCUUUAAGGGCUCCCGGUACUCAGUGCUCAACCUCAAAACUCUGCACCAGGAGCCUUACUACCCCCGCAGGCUGACAGACUGGACGGGGGUCCCCCAGGGGACCAACGGGGCGCUGACCCGACCCGACGGACGCCUCUACCUGUUCAGAGAGCAGCGCUUCUGGAGGUUUGACCCGGGGAAGGUGCGCGUCACCAAAGAGGGCCAGUGGGCCAAGGACCUGAGCUGGACUGGCUGCAGCAACGCUCCUCAGAGCAACAGCAUCCUUUGACCAGCAGAGGGCGCUGCGGGCUGUUAGAUACAUUUGUUGAGAACACUAUGAUGUAAUGGUGCUAUUCGUUUUCACCACAAGCCAACAUGGAAGCAAGAGGAAGAGGAAGAGGAAGAGUAAGAGCUGGGCUGAGAGUGAGAGGAGGAGGAAGAGGUGGGGUGAGAGUGAGAGGAGGAAGAAUGAGAGGUAGAGCUGGAGGGAGAGGACGUGGACAAAGAAGAAUACUCUCUAAUGAAAUGAAAUGUUAUCAACCAUGGUUUGACGAUGAGAGAGGCUGGACAGAGGGUUCAGCCUAAUCUAAGCCGAUGUACUGUUGCCUCUGUAAUCCGGACACUUAAACUUGAAAACAGGUUAUCAGUUUUUAGCUCUGCAUAAUUCAUGAUAUAUCAGUGCUUAUAUCUGUUGUGUGAAACGUAUUUACUUCAUUACUGUAAUUGAAUUGUUGGCAUGUUGCAUACUAUAACUGUACAGAAAUCCUGCACAAUGUACUGUGGUAAACUUACUUUUAUGCAACGCAGACACUGACCAACCACUAUAAGUAUAUCUUUGUUGUUUAUCUGAAGGACUGAGAAACAAAGAGGUGCAGGUGGAAGGCUAAAGGAUUUUCAAUGAGGCACAGGAAGCAGCAGUUACAAACUGGGUUGUGGAAAACAAUGCAUCACACUUAGAGAGAUCCGAAGCAUAGUAACUAUGUGCUGAGAUGUUGCACAAUGUUAUUUUUGAAUAAAAUAUGAUUUUUUUCAACAA